CGUUCCAGCACCAAUUGCAUCGUUUAGCUUGAAAAUCGAUAGAGCUUAGAUCGAGCCAAACAAAGCGCUAACAAAAAGUACAACAAAAGAAUAACCACAAACAAAACAAAGCCAAACAAAUAACAAAAAUAAAAGUAAGUCUUGCCAGAGACUGUUGUGGUGGGUGUGUCUGACAAAACCAUCGAAUUUACAUACAUUGUGCAAAUAUGUCACCAUCAAUUCUGCUUUUAUUAAUUUCGGCUACACUGUGCAGUGCUCAAUUUUUCUAUGCCCAACCAGCUAGAUUGGCACAAUAUCACAGUCUCGCAGCGGCUACGCAACAAUAUGCUCAUCCUUCGGUGGUGGACAAUUCAUUCCGUGAAGCCCAACUACCUCCAGAACUGAAGAAGAGCGAUCGCUUCUACAACAACCCUCAUAUAGCUGCAGCCCUCGCCAAGGAGUCGUGGUUCACGGACAAAGAAAUGCCAGUGAUUGAUCGCGAAGCAGAAAAAAUUCCCCGGGAAAUGGUAUUCAAGAUAUUCAAGAAUGCCGGCUGGAUUAAGCGCAGGUAGAACAUUCCACAGUACCUGCCCACACUGUCUAGUAGAUUAGUCUUUAUUGUUGUUUUUGUUAUCGUUAAAUGUUUGCCAUGUAAUAAAAUUAGUAUAAACCCAAAUAUGUAGAUACAAACAAACGUAAAUAGAUAUUAAUAUUUUAAUGGUAAAUUGGAGUAAUGACAUUGUAGUAGUCAUCAGCAAUGUUUAGCGAAUUCAGGCCAGACAAAGCAAGUGUUGUGGAAGUGGUUAUUACGUCUUAAAGGCCAUUUA